CCAGCAGUCAUGGAAGUCCGAGCAGUAAAUGGGAGUGACCGAAGACACAAACCAGGAAAUCAGUCUAUCCAGCAAAGGUUUCUGUGGAGUUAGCAACAAUCGAGUAACCCGAUCAAACGAACGGCAGCUAAACACUGACGGCCUGGAGGGCGUUCUUACCCGUAGUUACUCAUACUCCAGCACCAUGACGUCACCGGCGAGAGAGUAAUCAAGAACAGCACACCCUGUACGGCUGCAUUCCACAGCUUCUUUCCACUUUCAGCUUGCAGCAGCAGUGUGUGAACGGGUGAAUGUUUGGGGUCACUCACUCUCACAUCAGCUGAAACUCAUCGAGAUACCGCAGAGGACAAAUGACACGCAGAGGCGCUUGAUCCAACAGGUCAUUGGUGGAGCCUCACGAUAGGAGUGAUGGAGCUGAAGGUGUGGGUGGAUGGUGUGGCCAGAGUGGUGUGUGGCCUAUCACUGAACACUUCCUGUCAAGAUGUGGUUAUCUCUCUUGCACAGUCAAUUGGUCAGACAGGUCGUUACGUUCUUAUCUUGAGGUUGCGAGGAACGGAGAAACAGUUAGUGGCUGACGACUGCCCUCUGAAAAUUCUGGCUCAGCUUGGACAACUAGCCACAGAGGUCCAGUUUGUACUCCUGAGAAGGGGCCCCAGCCUCAGUGGUCAAGACAGUUCAGCCAGAGACAGACGUCAUCGCAAGCCGAACAAACCAGAGGCUGAACACAUCAAACACAGAGGGCCACAGAAGGACCUCACCUACAGUUUGGGUCCCACAUCAAUUCCCAAGAGGACUACACCAAAUGGAUCCAAGACAUCACUGCUCAGAGCCUCCCAAGAACUGAGGGCAUCUCCUCCUUUCAUAGACCAUCCCAAAGAAGUGGAAACAUCUUCAACUUUUGCAGCCAAAGAGGAGGUAUUCAGGCAAAUCUUACAGCAACAGAGGAAACUUGAAGACCUUGAGAUUCACCUUCAGUCUCUUCAGAGGGAUAUAGAAGUGAGGGAGCGACAGAGCUCCUCUGCUGCAGUUCCUGGACUGAUUCCAACUCCUGAGAAUGCACUGGAGGAACUGGAGCUAAGGCUAAGGGAGAACGAGGCAGAGCUGAAACACGGAGAGCACUGGGAGCAACAAUUAAAGGCAGAGAUGGACAGAGAACAAGAUAUGCACAGCCGUCUAGACCGGAUAUCGUCAUCGUUGGAUCGUUGUAAUCGCCAGUUUGAGGAACACCAGGAUCGUUUAGAACAUUUAGAAGAGGUCAGAAGUCAGAACUCUCCGUCAAGCCCUCAGCAGCCAGAUGAGGCCUUGAAUUCUCUGAAACAGGAGCUUCACUAUCGCCUGCAGCAGGGACAGGACCUGGAUGUGGCGUUAUUACUCACCCACACAGAGCUGCAAGUUGCUGAUGAAAAGCUAAAGGACCAGUGGGAUGUGAUUGAAGAGCUGAAGAAGGAGCUGAGGCAGUGUAACCUGCAGCAGUUUAUCCAGCAGAAAAGCAACACUCCACUGACAGACCAGACAAAUUCCAUGCCCAUCACUGACGUUUACAUCCACAACACAGGCAUCAUGGAUUAGGAAAAUAGUGGAGACUCUGAUCAACUGUGAGAAUGCAGCCGUCCAGCUCCAGUCACCCCAAAAAUUAGCAUUUGAGCAGACUGGAGAGACUAUAGCAGGCGGCCAUUGAGCACAUACUCUCUGCACAUAUGUAGCACCACUAUGCCAGUGGGUGGCGCUACUCCGUGUACAUCAUUCAGGAAGAAAAAACAGAAGAAAUGGAGAUCGAAAUUCAGAUAUAUACAGGUUUUCUGUAGAGACCCAGAACAACUGAUAUAAAAAGCAUAUCUGGGCAUCGAUGUUGGCAGGAGCGGGGGCAAUGAACUCAUUAAUGCAUAAAGGGGUGGAGCGUGAAUGACUCCAUGUGUGAAGAAAGAAGCCUGAACACGUCCAUCUCUGAGUCUGAACCACCUAAACUAACACCUUAACCUCCAUUCGGGUGUUUGAGUCAUAUUUUUGGGGACCACGCGGUGGUUCUCCUAACAAUUUGCUUUGGUGUAGACAGUAAAGGUUAUGAGCCACUGAUUUUCUCACUAAUCGUGCAUGAAAGAGAAACGGAUAAUCCUACUGGCAGUGCUAACACGUUAGCAAACAAGAUUAAAUAACACAAGAGUUUCGCUUGGCGCGAAUACUUCAGAAGGCCCGUUUUAGAUGAUCCAUUAGGCAGAGAAGAGAACACUGGACAAACUGCUGGACAUUAUGGAUGAUGCCAGUCACCGUCUUCACACCGUCAUCAGCAACCAGAGGAGCCUCUUCAGACACAGACUGCUCCUUCCCAAAUGCAGGACCAGCAGACUGAAAAACGCCUUUGUCCUUCAGACCAUCAGACUGUACAACUCCUCACUCAGGGUUAGGGAUGGGUAUUGAUAAGAUUUUAUCGAUAUCGAUACCAUUAUCAAUUCUGCUUAUCGAUCCGAUACCUUAUCGAUACCUC